AUGUUGUUCUCCCGAGCUUUAACCUCUGCCUCUGCUGGCCUCCUUCUUUCCUUGACCGACCAGGUCAUCGCCAGCCCGACAGUGACAUCUCCAAAGGCCCCGAAGCUGCAACUCCUUUACCGACUUAACCUCACCCUCGGAGAUGCUCUCUCAUUCGGCCCUGGCCCCAAAGGAACCCGCUUGUCUUUCCCCAUCACCGGCGGCGAAUUCAACGGACCGAAGCUGUCUGGCAGAGUUUUGAACGUGGGGGCCGACUUGGGCCUGGUUGACGACAAAGGCACCUUCUUCGCGAACGCCUACUAUCAAUUCCAGACCGACGACGGUGCAAACAUCUUGGUACACGCUGAUGGUCCAGGGGUGCAGAACGGUCCUCACCCGGUGACACGCAUCACUCUGGAGACGGGAAGCGAGGGCUAUUACUGGUUGAACAAUAUUGUUGUGGUGGGAGAGUCAACCCCCGGAGACGGCUUCGUCGCCAUCAACGCUUGGCAGGUCAUACCCUCUGCUUGA